CCAAUGCUUCCUUAACCAACAACACUCCAUUCUUAAACCUUAAUCCCUUCAUUACCUUUGACUAAACUCCCCUGUCUCUCUUCAUCUCCUAAACUACAAUGUGAAGCAAUGAAAAUACUAGAGCUUUUUCUCUCUCUGCUCUCUACUUCCAUGCGUGUCCAAACCCUAGAUCUGUCCCCCUCUUAGGUGCAGCUUUUUCAGUGACAGUGAAAAAAGUGGAAAGUGGGUAAAAUUUGGUAAAAUAUUUUGUUGGGAGAUGAGUGGCAGCACCUCUACAUCAGUGGUGGGGGGAGGGGGGUAUGGGUAUGGUUACCGGCCACCAUUCACGGCAGUGCAAUGGCAGGAGCUGGAGCAUCAGGCAAUGAUAUACAAGUACCUGGUGGCAGGUCUACCUGUUCCACCGGACCUCGUUGUUCCAAUUCGUCGGAGUUUUGAAGCCAUCUCUGCUAGGUUCUUUCAUCACCCCAGCUUGGGCUAUUGUUCCUAUUACGGAAAGAAGUUUGACCCUGAGCCUGGAAGGUGUAGAAGGACUGAUGGAAAGAAGUGGAGGUGCUCGAAAGAUGCAUAUCCUGACUCCAAAUAUUGUGAGCGGCACAUGCAUCGAGGUCGCAACCGUUCAAGAAAGCCUGUGGAAUCUCAAUCUGCUUCCCAGUCCUUGUCGACUAGUAUGUCGCACAUUACUACUGGGAGCAGCAGUACAAGAGGAAGUUUCCAAAGUAGCAGCAGUGGAAGUUUCCAGCACAUGCCAUUAUAUUCUGUUGCUAAUUCAGAAGAACUGAAUUAUGGAAGCAGUGCAACAAAGUUGCAGAUGGAGCCUGUGUCCUAUGGAAUAGAUACCAAGGACUAUAGGUACCUCCUUUUUGUCUUCAGUAGGACUUCUUUUCCUUGGCUACACUUAUCUUGGUGUUCUCGUGUUACUUCGACUACAUUGUGGCCUAAAUUUGUUUUUCCGUCAGUUGGCACUCUAACUGAAUCUGUCAUCUUAAUUACUCCAACAUGUUGCUUCAAGCCUUGAUCUUGGGCUGUGUAUCAUGUGGUUUAACACUCUACUUGUUCCAAUGAGUGAUUCUAUGUUUUGUCUUUUUUUUUUUGGCUGAUAAAGAUAGAAGUCUAUUAGAAACAGCCUCUCUACCUCCGCAAGGUAGGAGUAAGGUCACACAUUACCCUUCCCAGACCGACCAACCCCACAUUGCUGACCCCACACUGAGAAAUAUAUUGGGUAUGUUGUUAUUUGGCUGAUAAAAUAUAGAAAUGUUCUACUCAAAUCUUUACAUCUGGAGGAUGCUAUGUAGGGACUUGGGAGACUGUUAUCAUGGCAUCAACGUUUUUUUGCCCAUUUUUUGUCUACUUAUGAUCCAUUUUUGUCGCCUGUAAGCCUUCACUUCAUCUUUCCUCUUUUGCUAAUUUGAGACCUACCAGUUCGGUAGAAUUUGAGGGCCUGAUAAGUUAUUAUUGAUCCACCUCUAAAAGUUGUUUCCUACUCCCUCUGGAACUGUUAAGGUCCUGACAUGAAUAGGUGCAAAAAGACUGAUUAUGUUCAGAUGCAGCAAGUCAUAUCAUAAGCAAGAUGAUAAAUAGUGAGGGCGAACAUUACAAAUAGCUAUUGAGACUCAUGUUUUCCUUUCAAAUGUAGCAUUGGCCCUUCAGGUAUGUCAAUUUUCAGGUCAGAGUUGUGUUGUGAUCCUGUAUCUAUGGUUGGAUCCUGUGGGUAUAGAUAUUUGAGGUGCCUGUGUGAGUGUGACGCCGCUCGAAUUUCAUGCAACAUGAUAACACUCGUGUGAAUGCUGGUGUCGGUUGUAGAGUUGUGUCCUUGAAUGUGCUUUUCUUGCUACUAAAUUGCAAUUGUUUAUUUCUCUUGUAAAUGAACCUGGGAGUUGCACUUAUCCCAGAGAGAGUUGCAUAACCUAGUCGCAGGAAUAUUUAUCAGACAAAAAGGAAAUAGAAUUUUGAUUUGAAUAACUUUGGCAAUUCUGUCUCUAAUAAUUGAACACCAUUAUAAGUAACCUUUAAUAUGCAUUUCUCUUCCAUUCUUGGAAAUCUUAGGCCCAUUCUGGAAGUUGCAAUAAUAACAUACGCCCGAGAUUAUUGGUUGUUAUCAAUGAAGGUAAUAGAAUAUAUUUUCAAAGACAUCAAUUUUAACACGUCAAGUUUAGUUUUUUGGAAGUUGGAAAGCAUAUAUGCUUGCCUUUAGUUGUACUUACAAGGAGGAGUAACAUCAAUAUAUGCAUGCAAGACACCAAAGGCUUCUCCUAUAUGGACUCCUAAUGUUAUUGUGAGAAAGCACGAGAGAAAAUAUUAUUGAUAUUAUUCUCAUAUAUUAAACAUGAUACAAUGAGCCCUAUAUAUAUACAUAACAUGUCCUACUCAUAAUACAUAUGGGAUUAGGGUUAUUUACUACUAUUUUGUAUUUACAUAAAUAUUCUAACACUCCCCCUCAAGCUGGUGCAU